GGCACUUAAUGGUGUUCUCGUUGGCUAACUAGUAAACAAAUGCAGCAGGUUUAUACUUUUAUAUAUUAUAUUUAGAUAUCAGAGAUAUGAGGGAAUGAGCCAGUUUACUGUUCGUUUAGUUGCGUUUUUCUAUUGAAGAAAUUGCGAAGCUCUUUGUGUGUCGACUGCUUAGUAUAUGUAAAGGCUGGUUAGUUGCCCGCCAUGUGCACUUAAAUGUUCGCCUCGUAACGUACGAGUGUAGUUUUUGUUACUACGACUCCUUCCGAUGCUUUAAAACAGUGCCACGUUUUUGUGACAAGAACCGCAUCUCUGCCGCUGUUCUUUAGCAAAAAUACCGAGCUGGUUAUUAAUAUAGGCCUAGCUAUCGUUAGCUAACCGUAAUGUGGUUCAGAACAACAAGCGACGAAGGGAAAAUAAUUCCUGACCAGUGAGCCAGCAUCGCCGGGGGCACAUGGUGAUUGUUCUAAUGAAAGGACCAGCGCAGCAUCACACAAGUCUUUCAUAUCAAGACCUGUAAGCUGCUGCCAGCCACCUUUAAAGAUGUCUGACAGUCUGACAAAAGAAUUCAGGGACCAGCUGACGACAACCAUGGACUCAGUCCUGAAGAAGGCUGUGUUUGAAAUAAUGAAGAUCUUUCAGGACAGCCUACAUGACCAUCAAAUGGAGCUGGCACAGAAAGAAGAAGAAAUUGCUCAACUUCAAAUAAAGUUACUGAAAACAGACAUCGAGCUGAUGGACAGUGAGUGUGGAGGUGACGGAGGAGUGGAGAUGAGUAAAACUCAGAUGACUGAAUCAGCAAGAGAACCUGAAGAUAUUCUGAAUGUCUCUACUGGUGUUGCUGAGAUUGAGUGUGAAGUACCUGAUGACUGGUGUGCUCCCCUGGGCUGCGAGGUUGUGACCAAACAAGACGAAGGCGUGUGUCCCAGCGUAAGGCUGCGCUCGCUGUACAUUCCUUUGUUGCAGAUACCAGUCAAGCAGGAGGUGGUUAACCGUCACAUUGAGUCUCACCAGCAGACAGAGGGCAUCAGUAGAUCCAGGAGAGGUUCCUCCUUCAAGGAGAGGGACAAACACACUAAGGAUGGAAGUUCACCAAUGUGUGACCAAAGAACUCGACGCCCACCGGUGAGAAACAACAUGAAAAAAUUGGUCCGAAACAUCGAACAUGAAUAUCUAACAGGCAGAGCUGCAAGUCUGAUAGCAGCAGAAGAAGAAAAUACACCAAAGACAAAAAUAGAGAAAAGAAAAAUCACAGCAAAAUCCACAGAACAAGAGAGAAAGGAAAAAAACUGUGAAAAAAGGUACUCCUGCAAGUUUUGUAAGAAGGUAUUUGACACACAGUUUGGCCGAAGCGUGCAUGUACGAUCACACAAGAAGUGCCGAGGUUGCAAAAAAGAGUUCCCUUUUCCAAGUGUUCUUAGGCGCCAUAAACCAUAUUGUGGAAAACUCCAGAAAUUGCUGUCAAAAGAAGCAGAGUCCACUGACCCCCCAAAAUCUCAGUCCUGUGUCGAAGAAAAACCAGCUACAUUAAGAAAGAAACAGGUGAUCAUUAAGAAGGAAAGCGCACCUUCCUCUAGCACCCACAAUGAAUCAUCUUGCCAAAAAGAUGAAACCACCAAAAAGCACUGCUGUGUACAUUGCAACAAGAAGUUUAAUUCACGUCGCAGGAUGAAAGAGCACAUGGGUGUUCAUAGUGGUGAAAAGCCUUUUCCUUGCAGCAUGUGCCCAAAGAAAUUCCGCAUUAACCGGUUGCUCAAAUCGCACAUAAUGAGAAUGCACCAAGACCAAAUGAAUUCCAGUGAGACAAAUGGAGGCCUUGCAUGGACCAUGCCUUCAGAGGUGAUCGAAUCCAGCAAAGACACAAGUCAAGCAGUCCACCAAGACAAAGUUCAGAGGGAACCCAAUCCAGACGGAAAGGCGGGUCCAAGAUGGCAAACAAUGGGCACACGGUGCUCUAAAGGUUUCUUGUGCAUAUUGUGUCAGAAGCUCAUGAGGAGCAAGUACAUGUUGGUCAAACACUUUCGCACCCACACAGCAGAGAGGCUUGUCAAAUGUGAGCAUUGUCCUGCAAAGCUUCGCUCUCGUGAACAGCAUGAAAGAAAGUGCCCUAAUUCUAUGAUCCAGUGUCAGGUGUGUGAGAAGAAAUUCGCCUCGCAAGCCAAGUGUGAUAGGCACAUGUCCAAUUAUCACAGGGACUGGACUCAUUUCUGCAAGGUUUGUGGAAAAGGCUUCUUCACCAAAGGACGCCUUAGGAACCAUAUGGAGCGCCACAAGUAAGCCAGUAUACAGUUAGCAUCACCCGUCAAUGGACAUUGACAUGCCAGAUGUUGUCAUUUAUGCAGGUACUUACUGAUAGUGGUUUAUUAACAUUUUUUGGUUGGUAAAGAUGAGCUGUGUUUUUUUUUUGUUUUUUUUUGUAAUUUGUAUUGUAUAAAUAACAUUUGUACUCCCCAUCUCUCUCAAAUAUUACAGUGCUGCUGUAAAACCAGCAAUAAGAAAAUCUGGUGACAUGAAAGGUUUCUGCAAAUACUAAGUCAGCAAGACAUCAUUUUGAUACAUGCAUGCAACAUGUAUACUUUAUUGAAAAUAUUUGUCAAAAUGCAUGUAUCACUUUGGAAAGGGAGAACCACACCGUAAACCCUUUUAACACUGACUUUGCUAGUUUAACAUCACAUUUAUUGUGUACUUUCAGUUUAAAAGAAUCUAAGAGCCCAAGGACAAAACAUCUUUCUUUGUCUGUGUACCGAGGGGUCCAGUCCACCACAAAGUGCUCUUCUUCUAUAGUUAUCAUUAUUUGUUUUAACAUUUGAGACAAACAUUCUUUAAUAUUGUGAAUAUGUUCACUACUAAUGUGGAAAACAAUUUGUAAAGGGUUGGGCAAUAGAUCAAACCUAUCACAGUACAUGUAGUUUAUACCAUGAUUGUAACACAUAUUGUGAUAUUGGAAAUUCUGUCAGGAAAUCCAAGAAACCUCUUCCUGAAAAACAUGAUAGAAAUGUGUGUUUUUGGCUAAUUCAAGACAUUCAUUACAUUAAUGCAAAAGUUUUGUAUUCCAGUAUUGCCUUAAAGCAGACCUGCUGUUUUACUAUAAUAUUGGCUGCAGUGGUCUAAUAUAUAGCUACCUCUGUAGAAGCUGUAUAACACAGUGUCUAUGUGUGAAAAAUCUGUCAUCUUGUAGUAUAUGUUAUCUCAUCAAAGCCCACAACUCUAUGUUGUGAAAGUAAAUGUUGAGUUAUCUGUACAUAUUUAUCUUCUGUUUGCCUCAAUUGCAGCUUGUGUUGUUUGAUAUUAAGUCUGCGAGUUUUAGCAGAAUUUGAGAAACUGUUCCACUUGAUCUGUCAGAUUACCCCCAGAGUGUCUGCUGAUGUGCUUGGCUGUGGAGUCAGACUUUUGGACCCAGCUUUGCGAAGUUGACUGUAUUUGCUGGUUAUCCUGUAAAAUCAUUUUCAUCUGCUGCUUGAGUUCUGAAACAAGCCAGAACAGAAAUGAACUGUUUAUUUCGUAUUUGUCUUUGGUGUUGCAGCAGCAUUGCUAGAUUGAGACAUUGUCAAUAGUGUCGCAAUAAAAUCCAUUUUUUAUGG